AUGUUUCAAAGGCAAGCAUUAGUCAUUGGCAAUGGCAAUUACAAAGCAUCACCACGAAAGUCAUGUGUAAACGAUGCGAAUGAUAUGUCUGUUGCACUACGUUCAAUCGGAUUUCUUACACAUUGUGCAACUGAUCUGAACAGUUACGAAUUGGAACGACGUACGAAUAGAUUCGCACAAUCCAUCGAACCGAACUCUCUAGUAGUGUUCUAUUAUUCUGGCCUUGGUGUACAGUACAAUGAUUACAAUUAUUUAAUCCCAACAGAUAAUGCAGGAAUCAAUGCUGAGAGUAUCAAGGAAGAUGGUAUUAAUAUUGAAAAUUUCGUCGAAACCUUACAAAACAAAGCCCCUAGAGUAGUGAUUGUUAUUCUUGACUGUUGUCGACCGUAUCGGGAGUUGGGACGUUUGAAUCCAUUUUUUGAUCGAAAUACACUUGGCUUGCUCCAAGGACUUGCGCCUGUACGGCCACCUCCGUCUACUGUCAUUGCCUACUCUAGUGCAGAAGGAACAUCAUCGACAAGAUUGAUCGUCAAAGGAAGAAAUAGUAUAUUCACUCAUCAUUUACUUCGUCAUAUAACCACACCAAACGUCGAUAUUGAUACGAUUUUGAAACUUGUUUCUUGGAGUGUUCAACAAGAAACUCGGAAUCGGCAAAUACCUAUUCGGUACAGUAAUGUGUACGAAAACAUCUAUCUUGUCAAUACCGGAUUUAACCAAAAUAAUCUACAAUGGUCGUAUGGUAUGCAACUAAAACAACCCAUCGGUGAGUAUGAGAGAUUAUCAGCCAAGACUUAUGCUAGAUUAUGCUCAUCAUCAACAUCAUCAUCAUCAUCAUCAUCAUCAUCAUUCACGUAA